UGGAAGAAUAACAGCAGCUCAACACAGCAGUCUACUAUUCACUUUUAUUUCCAAUAAUGAACUCAAAUAGAUUCAAAGUGUGCUUAUAUCAUUUACUUAUUUAUUGUCGAUUAUAAACUAUUUUGAAUGUUUCAACAAUUUAAAAAUAUAUUUCCUAAUACUUCACUUAACAUUCGUUCUUUAACUGAGUCUGUUAGAAUCAAUGAUACAGAUUGGAAUAAAGGCAUUGAAAGACUAGGUACACUUCGAAAUGAAUUCCAAAAUUUGAAUUCGUUCUUUAAUCGUCAAAAUUCAAAUGAUAAAACAUCCACUUCUAAUACAUCCGAUCUAUCAUUAACUCAGUUAGAAGCAACAAGCCAACUCAUUAAUACAAUACAUAACAAAUGGACUGAUAUACAUGAAGCAAAUCAAACAAACUUUGAAAAAGCACAGAUGGCUAAUGUGAAACUAAGACAAUUACAAAAAAAUGGUGAAUUACAUUAUAAAGUUUGUGAAUCGAUGGAAAAUGUCCAACACGAUUUAAAAGAAAUGCAUACAAAUCUUGACAUGAUUCAAAAUUCAGCAGUCAAGUUAAUGGAUAUACUUUCAAAAUUGGAAGACGAAAUCGAUAGAGCAUCCAUAGACUAUGAAAAACAACAAUUUGAAAUAUGGAAAGAAACUGAAGAAAAAGAAUUUAUGAAAGAAAUAAGUAAAAAGAGACGAUUACUACAAGAACGAGAAAAUAUGCUAAGACAAAGAUAUGAGGAAUAUGAUGAACUUCAAAAAAAGAAACGAUUAGAGCUUUAUGAAGCCAAUUUUAAUGCUGAACUUGAAGAUUAUAGGAGAAGAAGAGAAACAGAGGUGUCUUCACUCUAUUCUUAUCAUAGCAUGAAUGUAAAUACAGAUGAAGAUACCAUUUCGUCAACACUAGAAAGACUUGAUUUAGGGAAUAAUGAAAACGAACUAGAUGAAUUUUUAAAUGAUGUAAAUGAAGAAGAAGGACUAGAAUUACAAGAUAAGAAGAAGCAUAAAGUAAAGUCAUCUUUUAUUAUACCCAAAAGCCCUAUUCUAUCAUCAAGUGAAGAGGAUAAUGCAAUUGAAAUUUUAGGUGAUGAAGAUUAUAGUUUAUAAAUUCUACCAAUAAAGUCAUUUCCUUUUGUUGUUGUUUA